AUGUCACAGGAGCAUGACAAUAAGCGUGCGGUCCUGGUUCUCCAGAACGAGCCGGGUUAUGGCGGCCAGCGUCGCUCUUUUACCACAGAGGACGAAGCCUGGAAAUCAUUUCUAGAGAACCCACUGACAGCUGCCACCAAGGCAAUGAUGAGCAUCAAUGGAGACGAGGAUAGUGCCGCAGCACUAGGCCUGCUCUACGACUACUAUAAGGUGCCCAGGGAAAAGAGAACAAUACACCAGCCCAAGACAGACACACUGGUCUCUGAUGUGGAUCCCAACAAAAGGCACCAUAUCCAGCCCGGACACUCCUUAGUUCCACUCCAGGAAACAGGCAUGGAAAACAGGAUCCAGGUCCUCAAGGCUCCCUUCAAUCUUCUUCAGCUGGCCCCAGACAAGAGAACCCACUUCUCUUCGCCAGACACAACUGUCACGGUUUCGAUUGCCACCGUGCCAAACCAAACUAUCAAGACAGAGGUGCCCACCCACGGUUUCUCAGUAACUGUGCCCAACAACUGCAGCGAGACAGACGGCCACGUGGGCGUCUUUGACCGCCAGCUCACCCAUUUCAGCCCUGGCACCCAGGCCCGUACGCCCCCCAACUCCGCCUUUCCUGAGAGUUUCAAGGAUGGUUCCCAGGAAGUGUUUUCCCUCCCAGGAGAUCUCCAGUUCCGGAUGACCUCCAUGACGCCCGAGGACUACACUCAGUUUGACACCAUGCCGGGAAAUAAUUUUGAGUACACUCUUGAGGCAUCCAAAUCUCUACGUCAGAAGACAGGUGAUGGGACAAUGACGUACCUCAACAAGGGCCAGUUUUACCCCAUCACCCUCAGGGAGAUUGACAGCAAAGGCCUGCAGCAACCCAUCACUAAAGUCAGGAGUGUGGUGAUGGUGGUGUUUGGAGAGGAGAAGUGCAGAGACGACCAGCUGAAGCACUGGAAGUACUGGCACUCCAGACAGCACACGGCAAAACAGAGGUGCCUCGACAUUGCUGACUACAAGGAGAGCUUCAACACCAUCGGCAACAUUGAGGAGAUAUCCUAUAAUGCCAUUUCCUUCACCUGGGACACAAAUGAAGAAGCCAAAAUCUUCAUCUCCGUCAACUGUCUGAGCACAGACUUCUCCUCUCAGAAGGGGGUGAAGGGUCUUCCCCUGAAUCUACAGAUCGACACGUACAGCUACAACAACCGCAGCAACAAGCCCAUCCACCGCGCCUACUGUCAGAUCAAAGUCUUCUGUGACAAGGGUGCGGAGAGGAAGAUCCGAGAUGAGGAGAGGAAACAGUCCCGCAGGAAAGGGAAAACCAGCGACCUGGCCCCUGGGUUGUCUUUUGCAGAUGUGAAAGUACCCAUCCUCCAGAAACGUAAUGAUGUGACCAUCUUUAAGAUGAUGACUGAUCUCGAGACUCAGCCUGUCCUUUUCAUUCCCGACAUUCACUUCUCCACCUUCCAGCGUCAUCCCUUCUCUGCAGAAGAGGGAGAAGACAGCUCGGGCAUGAAGAGAUUACCCUUCAACGACGAGGAGUUCGGUUCACCCCCAAACAAGCUGCCGAGAGUGGAGGAACCAAAGAAAGUCCUGCUGUAUGUGCGCAAGGAAACAGACGAGGUGUUUGAUGCCCUCAUGCUGAAGAAUCCCACACUGAAAGGCCUGGUGGAAGCUAUUUCAGAGAAGUAUGAACUGCCUUUCGAUAAGGUUGGAAAGGUCUAUAAGAAGUGCAAGAAAGGCAUUCUAGUCAACAUGGACGACAACAUCAUCAAACACUACUCCAACGAAGACACCUUCCAGAUCUCCAUGGAGGAGUUGGGCGGCUUGUACAAACUCACCCUCACUGAAAUCUGAUUGAAGAAGAAGAGUUGCUUUGGAUUACUCUUAAAAGAGGGGUGGAGGACAGAUGGAGCCAUCACGUUUACACUUCUGGCUAUGCAGUGAUUAUGGACCUGUCAUUCAUGUUGUCUACGUGUUAUAUUAGUGUCCAACAGAUGUUUCGUUUGUUUGUUCUUAAAGCCAUAGCGCUUAACAGAUAGAUAUGUAACUUAUAAAUUUUCAAUUAUUAUUAUAAAAUUGUUUUUGUGCAUGUCUUUGACACUGACAUAACACUUUUGUAUUUAGUGAGAAUAUGAGCUGCAGCUCAAAUAUCAGGUUUGCAGAGCAAUUGUUGUGCUGCUAUACCUCAUGCUAUACAAAGCAGCAGAGUUCAUUCAUCCUGAAGCCACAGCACUGAUGAUUGCUAUCUGCAAAGUCGGGUGUUUCACACACAAAAAUUCCCAGAAAAAUAGCCGUAGCCCCUUAACUGGCCAGGGCCCGCUGACGGGCCGUUUGUAGUCCCUUUUAUAUGGCAAGCUAGACCCUCCCGUUUUUAUUGACACCUCA